UCUCAACAGGCCUGUUGAAUUAGUUCAAUGCCCUGACUCAAAUACGUUUCACCGAAGCAAAGUUACAGAUUAUAAAUUCUUGAAUCUCAAUAUGGAGCAGCUACUUUCUCGUCGUCGCAGAUUGAGGCACAAAAGUGCCAAGAGGGGACUAACCAAGUACUUGCCCGAUAUCAAAUGCAAGUCUCUGGAAGGAGUGGGUCGAAAGAUUAAGGAUAAGCUGGGCUUCGUUUUGCCAUCAUCGGACUUCUACAAGAACUCCUUACGUUUCUACAAGCGUUGCACGAAACCAGAUCGCCAGGAAUUCCAGCGUAUUAGCGGGGCCAUUGGCGUGGGAUUCCUGCUCAUGGGCCUGAUUGGAUUCGCGGUCAAGCUGAUGCACAUUCCCAUUGUCAACAUUAUCAUGGACUGAACCAGAAAUCUUGA